CUCACCCUUCAGCCUUAACAAAGUAAGUGACACACACACACUCUCUCUCUUCUCCAAUCUCCAACCAGUUUUUUAAUUCCUGAUCACCCAGACCAUACGAGACCAUACAGCUUCUUCUUUGAUCGAUCAUGGCAAACCCUAAGCUUGAAAGAAUUCCGAGCAUGAGGGAGCGCGUGCAGGACACUCUCUCCGCUCACCGUAACGUGCUUGUCUCUCUCCUCUCCAGGUAUGUGGAGCAGGGAAAAGGAAUUCUGCAUCCGAAUAAUCUGAUAGAUGAACUGGACAAUAUCGUGUGCGAUGAUGCAGCAAGGCUGAGUCUCCGAGAAGGUCCAUUUAGUGAAGUCCUCAAAGCUGCGCAAGAAGCCAUAGUUCUGCCUCCUUUUGUGGCCGUAUCAAUUCGUCCGAGACCUGGAGUUUGGGAAUAUGUACGUGUUGAUGUCUCCCAACUGAAGGUGGAGGAAUUGACUGUUUCAGAAUAUCUUCGUUUCAAAGAAGAACUUGUUGAUGGCCCGUCUAAUGACCGUUAUGUGCUUGAGCUUGAUUUUGAGCCCUUCAAUGCCGCUUUUCCUCGUCCCACCCGGUCAUCAUCAAUUGGCAACGGUGUUCAGUUCCUCAACCGACAUCUUUCUUCAAAUAUGUUUCGCAACAAAGACACUUUGGAACCUUUACUUGAUUUCCUCCGAGUCCACAAAUACAAAGGGCAUGCCUUAAUGUUGAAUGAUCGGAUAAAAAGUGUAUCCCGACUUCAGUCUGCUCUUCUCAAGGCAGAAGAGUAUAUUUCGAAGCUUCCUUCUGAAACACUGUAUACUGAGUUUGAAUAUACCUUUCAGGGAAUGGGUUUUGAGAGAGGGUGGGGGGAUACUGCAGCUCGGGUACUGGAGAUGAUGCAUCUUCUCUUGGACAUACUCCAAGCUCCAGAUCCCUCAACUUUAGAGACAUUCCUUGGGAGAGUACCGAUGGUGUUCAAUGUUGUUAUUUUGUCUCCACAUGGAUACUUUGGGCAAGCAAAUGUUUUAGGUUUGCCUGACACUGGUGGGCAGAUUGUGUAUAUCCUGGACCAAGUUCGUGCUCUAGAGAAUGAAAUGCUUCUUAGAAUACAGCAGCAGGGAUUGGACUUUAAGCCUAAGAUUCUAAUUGUGACCAGGUUAAUACCUGAUUCAAAAGGGACUAGCUGCAACCAGAGGCUGGAAAGAGUCAGUGGAACGGAACACACUCACAUUCUGCGAGUACCAUUUAGAUCAGAGCAUGGGAUUCUCCGUAAAUGGAUCUCAAGGUUUGAUGUGUGGCCAUAUUUGGAGACAUUUGCUGAGGAUGCAGCCAGUGAAAUUGUAGCUGAGUUACAGGGUAUUCCUGAUUUUAUUAUAGGCAACUACAGUGAUGGGAACCUUGUUGCGUCUUUAUUGGCUUACAAGAUGGGUGUCACACAGUGCACUAUUGCCCAUGCCUUGGAGAAAACAAAGUAUCCUGAUUCAGAUAUUUAUUGGAAAAAAUUUGAUGAUAAAUACCACUUCUCAUGUCAAUUCACUGCUGACGUAUUAGCCAUGAACAAUGCUGAUUUUAUCAUCACAAGUACAUAUCAAGAGAUUGCAGGAACGAAGACUACUGUUGGUCAGUAUGAGAGCCACACUGCUUUCACUCUUCCAGGGCUAUAUCGGGUUGUUCAUGGCAUUAAUGUAUUUGAUACAAAGUUCAAUAUCGUCUCUCCUGGGGCUGAUAUGGACAUUUACUUCCCAUACUCUGACAAGCAGAAAAGACUUACAACCCUCCAUUGUUCAAUAGAAAAGAUGUUAUAUGAUUCUGAGCAGACUGAUGAUUGGAUUGGUACACUGAGCGAUAGGUCAAAGCCCAUAAUUUUUUCCAUGGCAAGGCUGGACCGGGUCAAGAACAUAACAGGAUUGGUAGAGUGUUAUGGUAAGAAUACCAGACUGAGGGAGCUGGCGAACCUUGUCGUGGUGGCUGGUUACAUUGAUGUUAAGAAGUCCAAUGACAGGGAAGAAAUUCUGGAGAUAGAGAAGAUGCAUGAACUUAUGAAGAAAUACAAGUUGGAUGGACAAUUUCGAUGGUUAACAGCCCAAACAAAUCGAGCACGCAAUGGAGAGCUUUAUCGCUACAUAGCAGACACUAAAGGAGCCUUUGUGCAGCCUGCUUUUUAUGAAGCCUUUGGACUCACUGUUGUGGAGGCCAUGACUUGCGGUCUUCCAACAUUUGCCACUUGCCAUGGUGGUCCAGCAGAGAUUAUUGAACAUGGUGUAUCAGGAUUCCAUAUUGAUCCGUAUUAUCCUGAUCAGGCUGCUGCAUUUAUGACAGAUUUCUUUGAAAAAUUUAGGGACGACCCCAGCUACUGGAAAAAAAUAUCUGAUGCUGGGCUUCAACGGAUUUAUGAAAGAUAUACAUGGAAGAUUUACUCUGAAAGGCUGAUGACAUUGGCUGGGGUAUAUGGUUUUUGGAAGUAUGUUUCCAAACUUGAGAGGCGUGAGACCCGAAGAUAUCUCGAGAUGUUCUACAUUCUCAAGUUCCGUGAUUUGGUGAAAACUGUACCUUUGUCAAUCGAGGACCGGCAUUAAGCUAUUGCUUCCCAAGGAACUGAGACGCCUCCAUGAAUCAGACGCAGCACUAUCACACGGUUAUAAUGGUACAUAAAUAAAUUCAUGCGGGAGGCAUGUAAAAAGUUCUGUUGCGUACAAUGAUGUUUGCAGCUAUCUUAUGCUGGUUAAUGUUUCAAGGAAGGCUGUGUGUAGCCAUGCUGUUGUGAAUAAAUAAAUUGACUCCCCGAGAGUUGUGCUUUGGCCAGCGCUAGUAGGUAUGCUUUCCAGCACCAACUUCCUCCAAGUAGGCACUGCUUUAUCACCUGGUUCGCGCAAAAAUAAAACGUAAUAAAGAGAGAAUGGCAAACGAUUAUGAGGCUAGGCACCUCUACCGUGUGCCAUCAACUGGUCGGUGUAAAGGCCCCAUAUUUGUACUUUUAUCUGUUGUUACUCGUUAAGUGGACAACGAACAGGAUUGACAUGUUAAUCAAUCUUUGAGCAAGUCAGUUAACCUCCUGUGAGGUUAUGUGUUCUGUCUUCUCUGAACCAGCUGAAAUAUUGAUUUUUCUUUCUUUUUCUUGCGCUACACAAGCAAUAAGAAAUUCACAUGUUCCGUAA